GCAGACAGUAUUUUUAGGGGACAGCAGCAGCUGCAAAAGCAUUUAACGGUAUUCCACGAACAAUGACACUUGGGUUGUCUAAGGCCUGAACGACACAGAGAUUGGGGGACCACUCUGAAGUUGUUAAACGGGAAGCUGGUGUGGACACUGAAGAUCUGUUUUCUAUUCCCCCUAUGGGAAAAAAAGGUCUUUAGAGAUGUACUGGAGUAGAACUUGGGACCUUCGAUGAAGAGCAUGUGUCUGAAUCUGAAGUCAACUUGGGACAUUACUCAGCCUUCAGGAGACGGUUGGCAUUGCUUCUUACCUCAAAGAGAGAUUGCAAGUGCGGAAUGUAUGUUGCCGGUCGUUCCCGGCGACUGAAGCGAGAAAUUUGCAGUGCAGAAGUUGGACUGUCUUCCCCUAGUGAAUAACUGCCACUUAUAACUAUCCUGGACUGCUUAAGGUGAAGUGAGGCUCACAACAAAGCAGAAAUGGAUGUGUUUGGUGGUGCACCACGUUUCUUGGCCUAUCCGAGACCCGUGGUGGUACAAAGUGGAACUGAUGCAGUCCUGAAGUGUCAAAUUGGUGGUGAUCCAAGGCCUGCAGUUAUCUGGGAGCGAAACAAUGAAAAGAUUGACCCACAGGGACGAUACAGGGUCUUCGAGGAUGGAAAUGUUUACAAUCUUAUCAUUUCAGCUGUGACCACAGAGGAUAGUGGCCAGUACAUAUGCAAAGCAAAGAAUAGCAUUGGGGAAACAUACGCAGCAGCCACACUAAAGGUGGAAGGCGAAGCACAAGAGAUGGAGUUCCGAGAGGAAAAUAAGCCACGAUUCCUCAUCAAGCCCCUCUCCACUCGCGCCGGUCGAGGGGAUGAUGCGGUCUUCUCUUGUAAGCUCUGGGGAAACCCACGACCAGAGGUUGUCUGGGAAAAGGAUGGCAGGAAACUCAAUGAAAUAUUUGAAAGUACACAUUUCACUGUGGGCUUCCAGGACGGUGGAUGGUUCCAGCUCAAGAUCUUUAAGACUCGUGCUCCAGAUGGUGGUGUAUAUACAUGCAAAGCCAGGAAUGAGUUUGGGGAAGCGUUGGCAGGAGCUGUGUUGCUGGUUGAUGCAGGCCCAGGACAUGAGGAAGAGGGAAAUCGUAAUGGCUACACGAAUGGCCACUGGAAAGCCCAUCAGGGAAAACAGAGGAGCGGUAGGCAAGUGCUAAACCGGCUCAAAGACGACACCAUGACCAAGUCAACUAAAGUGAAAAUGUUUGCAGUGACAGAGGGUAAACAUGCCAAAUUCCGCUGCUUUGUGACUGGGAAACCCAAACCAGAAAUCAUUUGGAGGAAAGAUGGCAGGCUGAUACUGUCCGGAAGGCGUUAUUUGUUAUACGAGGACAGAGAAGGAUACUUCACACUUAAAGUUCUGUACUGUAAGCAGAAGGAUAAUGGAGUUUAUGUUUGUGCUGCGUCAAAUACUGCCGGGCAAACCCUCAGUGCUGUACACCUCUCCGUAAAGGAGCCGCCUGUGCAGUUCAAGCAGCCUCUCAUUGAUCUAGAAGUAUGGGAACGAGAUUUGGCUGUUCUCGAGUGUGAAGUUCCAGAGGACUCUGUUGCCAUCACAUGGUAUCUGGAGGAUAGACGACUGCAGCCAGGGGCCAAAUAUGGAAUGGAGGAGUGGGGAACAAAACGGCGACUAACUAUCCGUGACAUUGGAGUUGACGAUGAUGGGAUUUACCUCUGCGAGAUGCCCGACGGGGGCAGAAGCAUUGCAGAGGUAGCUGUGAAAGGGACAAUUUUGCGGAAGCUUCCAAGAAAAGUGGAUGUAUUGGAAGGUGAAAAUGCUGCCUUUUGUGUUGAAGUGGAAAAAGAAGAAAUGGACAUACAUUGGUAUAAAGAUGCAAUAGAGCUGCGUGAAACACAUCAGACCAUCCUUAAGUCUUUUGGUCGGACUCACAUCCUGGUCUUCGUCAACACAAUGCCCCAAGACUCUGGCCUCGUGACUUUCCUUGUAGGCAGAUCCAAGACUUCCUCUAUGCUAAGAGUGAAAGCGGCCAGACAUUGUCCUCCCAGUUCUCCAGUGAGUGUGCAGAUUAACACAGAGCGUGCUAAUGCAGCUCUUCUCUCAUGGGUUCCUGCUCAGGACUCACGAAAGAACCCUCCAUCUGGAUAUGUGCUUGAGCGACAGGAAGUGGGCACUGGCUCACAGGAGUGGCUACAGUGCCUGACCACUGACUCUGCAACCUCUGUGGAGAUCCUUGGUGACAGCGUACCAUGUGAAGCCGAUUAUCGAUUUCGCAUCUGCAGUGUAAACAAAUAUGGAAAGAGCAACAAUGUUGAGUUCCCUAGAGCUGUUCACUUAGUUCCAGUUGCCAGAAUUCAAGCUCCCUUACAGGAUGCCUUGGUACCCGAGGGGCAAGAUGCCCAGUUCUCUAUUGAGCUUUCUGCUUCAGUUAUCGGUACAUGGUUCUUAAAUGGUACUCAGCUUCAGGAAGAUGAACAUUAUUCCAUGCGUCGGUCACGAACACACCAAUCUCUUCGCAUUCGAGGAGUACGUGAUACAGACAAUGGAGCCGAGAUCACAUUUAUUGCCUAUGGGAUCCGGGAUUCUGCAGCACUGUACAUUCAAGCUCCUCUUGUCAAGUUUUCACCAAUGUCAGAAAUGGAUCGAAACAAAUUUGUAGAAAUUGGAAACCCCAUAGUGCUCUACUGUGAGCUGUCAGACCCUGCAGCUCCAGUGCACUGGUACAAGAAUGGGGUGGAAUUACAGACAAUGGAGGGUCUGCAUAUCCAAUCAGAAGGCACCAUGAGAAGAAUUGUCAUACAAUCAGCAGAGUUCUCACAUUCGGGAGUAUAUUGCUGUGAUGCCAUUGAUGACGUCAUCAGGUUCAAUGUGGAAGUAGAGGCCCCACCUGUGAGGUUUUCAGCAAUUCCAGAUGCGGAGAGGAACAAAACCAUCGAAACCGGCUACCCCAUUGUUUUAUGCUGUGAGCUCUCAGAUCCUUCUGCCCAGGUGCACUGGUACAAAGAUGGGUCAAAGCUCAAUCCUCAAACUGAAGUAGAAAUUCUAGCUGAUGGCUUGGCGAGAAAAUUGAUUGUCCAUUCAGCAGAAUUUUUCCACGCUGGGUUAUACUGCUGCAAGACAAAGGGUGACACCAUCACGUUCACUGUGGACAUCAAAGCUCCACCUGUGAAGUUCUCAGCAAUGCCUGAAGAAAUGAGGACCAAGUUGAUCGAAGCAGGCGGCACUAUUGUACUCCAGUGUGUGGUGUCGGAUCCUGAGGCCCACGUUUGCUGGUACAAGGAUGAAAUGCAGCUCAUUUCAAACUCUGGAUUAGAAAUCAACUCAGAGGGCAACAUAAGGACGUUAGUUGUUCAGUCUGCAGAGCUGUGCCACUCUGGUGUAUACAGAUGCACUACACAGGAUGAUACCAUGGAGUUUCAAGUGGAGAUCAAAGCUAUACCAGUGACGUACUCUACUAUCUUUGACGUUGAGAGAACCAAGUCACUUGAAGCGGGCAAACUUUUGGAGCUGAAAUGUGAGGUUGCAGACUCCACUGUGCCUGUCUGCGGGUAUAAAGAUGCUGUAAAGCUCUGCCCGCAGAAUGAUUGGGAUACACAGAGUAAUGGCACGUUGAAGAGACUCAUUAUCCCAUCUGCUGAGGUCUUGCCCUCAGGGCUAUACAGCUGUGAAACCUCUGAUGACACUAUUCACUUCACUGUGGAUAUGAAAGCUCCGAUGCUGCCGUUGUCACCCUCACCAGAGGUUGUGGAGACGCAGUCACUUGAAGCAACCUGCCCAACUGAACCAACAUGUGAAACCUCAGACCCUGCUUUCCAGGUGUCAUGGCAGAGGGAUAAAGAACAUGAUUCUAACAAAGAGCCUGCUUUUGAAAUGGGAGGCAUCAAGAAGACUCUUGUAAUUGAACCAACUCAUCCUUCAAACUCUGGAGCAUACUAUUGUGCAACAGCAGAUGAUGUUGCCCAAUUAAUAGUAAACAAUCAAGUGCCAGCUCCGACGUAUCUGCUUGGUCCUGGUGUUGCGAAGACUGAGUCUGCGGAAGCGGACUGCCAAAUUGUUCAGCAAUUUGAGAUUUCAGAUCCCAUUGCCAAAGCCUGUUGGUACAAAGAUGGAACCCAGAUCUACCCAAAAAGGGAAGCUGACUGUGAAUCACAGAGCAGCAGCCAAACCGUGCCCCUCCAGUUACAUGAAUUGUCUGAUGAUGGGAGGUUUGGCUGUGAAACAUCUGGUGAUGCACAGUUAAAUGUGGACAUGAAAGCAGAGCAGUGUCACUGUGGUGACGAGAUUGGUGAGAUAGCUGAUGCAUCUGCCCAAUACACUGUGGAUGUCAAAGCUACAUCGCCAAGGCUCUCUUCUGAACAAGAAAAGAAGUCCGCUGAAGAGGCUUUUCCUGUUGAAGUUGAUUGCAUGUCCUCAAAAUGCAAUUCUGGCACCUUCUGUGGCGAGAGAGGAGAUGCACAGACAUACGAAGAACAUUCCAUUCAUAUGCCAACUUCCCAGUCAACAUAUGAAUAUAUGACUGAAUGGAUUACACCUAAACAGCCAAAGGAGCUCUCUGACAAUCAACAAACAACAAAUUCCCAAUCUCCUGUUUACUGUAACUCUGUAAAGCCAUCAAUGAUGCAAUCUGACACACACCAUCACACUAAUAAGCUCACAGAAUCACAUGGUGAGGAAUUCAUUUACUAUCUACAGCAUGCAAAAGCCCCAUCUGAAGAGCUUGAUAAUUCCCCGCAGACAGCUGUCCAGACAGAUGAGAUCUGUAAUGUUCAACAAACUGCAGCUGUUGAAUCAGAGGAAGCCACUCUCAAGACUCUAACUGUCCAAUCAGAAGAGCUACAUAGCUCAAAACAGAUGUGGACUGUCCAGUCAGAGCUAGGUAACCCCUUACAGACUUCAACUUCCCAGUCAAAACACCUUACUAACCACUUACAGAUUUCAACAGUCAAAUCAGACAAGUUCUGUAACUCCUUAAAAACGGCAACUCUGCAGUCAGAGGAGCCCUUUAAAUCCUCACACACUGCAACUGUCCAACCAGAGGAGCCCUUUAAAUCUUCACCCACUGCAACUGUCCAACCAGAAGAGUCCUUUAAAUGCUCACACACUGAAACUGUCCGACCAGAGGAGCCCUUACAAUCCACACAUACUGGAACUCUCCAAUUAGAGGAGCCUUUUAAAAUCUUACAAACUGCAAUUGUCAAAUCAGAGGAGCUCUGUAGCUCCAUACAGCUGCCAGCUGCCCUGUCAGAGAAGCUUUUUGAUUGCUUACAAACUGAAACUGUCCAUUCAGAGGGACCCUAUAACUCAUUAUGGACUGCAACUGACCAAUCAGAGGAGUUAAACAGACCUCUACAGAUGUCAACUGUCCAACUGUCCACUGCAUCUCCUCAAUCAUUGGACUUCUAUAACUCUAAAGAGGCAGAAAUGGUACAACCAAGAAAGCAUUACAACUUGCGAAAGUCUGCGCAUGUCAGAUUGGAUGACCACACAGGCCAAGCAGUAACUAACCACUCGAAGGUGCUGUAUCAGUCCAUGGCCACAACAGUCCCAGCAGAGUGGCAUCACACCAUGAAGGCAUCAGAAGACCAAGUAGACCGCAUAAUUAACUCUGGGCAGAGAUCAUCUACCCAGUUUGCAGAGCCUCAAUGUGUCAAGCAGACAUCUACCGUCCAAUCAGAGGAGAUCUAUCAAUCAAAGACAUAUGACAGUCACUGGAGUGACAGUGUCACUGCAAAUAAGGUGGCUGUUGAAGCUCCACCCGUGAGAAUUACAACAUGUUGUGAGGCUGAAAGGAACAAGUCUGUUGAAGUUGGUGAACCCAUAGUGCUGCGAUGUGAGAUAUCAGAUCCUAACGCUCAAGUUAAUUGGUACAAGGAUGGAAUUAAUCUACGAGAAGCAGCUGGGCAAGACAUCCUGGCAGAGGGCUCCAUAAGAACACUGGCUAUCCAGUCAGCAAUGCUGUCUCAUGCAGGGAUUUACAGCUGCAAGACAACAGAUGAUGCAAUGCAGUUUCAUGUGGAUGUUGAAGCUCCACUUCUGAAGUUUUCAGCUUUAUCUGAGGGUGACCAGAAAAAGACGGUCAUGACGGGCUUUCCCAUUGCUCUACAAUGUGAGCUGUCAGACCCCACUGGACAAGUCAGUUGGUACAAGGAUGGAACAAAGCUCUUACCUCAAAAUGGUGUAGACAUCCAGUCAGAGGGAAAUUUGAGGAGUCUAGUUGUCCCAUCAGCCGAGCGGGCUCACACUGGCGUUUACCGUUGUGAGUCAAAGGAUGAUGACAUCCAGUUUGCUGUGGAAGUAAAAGCACUACCUGUGAAGUUCUCAGAGCUUCAAGAGACUGACAGGACCAAGUCCAUCCAAGAAGGUUCUUCCAUUGUCCUCAGCUGUGAACUUUCUCAUGAUCCUUCUGCUCAUGUCAACUGGUACAAGGAUGGGUUGAAACUCCUACCGCAAAACAAUAUGGAAAUACAGUCAGACGGUCUAACAAGGACACUACUCAUUCACUCAGCUGAAAACAUACAUGGUGGCACCUAUGAAUGUUCAACAUCAGAUGACACCAUUGCAUUUAAAGUGGACGUAGAAGGCCGAUCGCCACAGAUCAUGCCAAUCCCACUGUCAGAAAAAUACAAGAUGAUUGCAAUUGGUUGUCCAAUUAUCCUCCAGUGUAAGGUCUCAGACCCUCUCGCCCAGGUUUCCUGGUUUAAAGAUGAGUUGGAGCUUUUUUGCAAAACUGGCCUUGAUAUGAAAAGAGAUGGCACCCUGAGAAAAUUAAUUAUCCAUUCUGCUAAGGUCUCUGAUUCUGGCCUCUACAGUUGUAGCCUGGCUGAUGAUGUUGUGGCAUUCCAUGUGGACGUCGAAGCCUCUCCGGUGAGGUUUUCAGCACUUCCAGAGAUCGCAAGAAACAAAUUUGUUGAAGCAGGCUGCCCAAUUAAGCUGCAGUGUGAAGUAUCAGAGCCAACUGCCCAAGUCUAUUGGCACAAGGAUGGAGAGCAGCUAUUUCCAAAGAGUGAAUGUGAAAUCCAGACAAAAGAAAAAUUGAGAGCGUUGGUUAUUCCAUCAGCAGAAGUCAGACACUCUGGGUUGUACAGCUGUGAGGCCGCAGAUGACCGUAUAGAAUUCAAGGUGGAUGUUGCAGCUGUUCCAGAGGCUGAGAGGAGCAAAUCUGUUGAAGCAGGCAGCCCGAUCAAUCUGCAGUGUGAGAUCUCAGACCCUACAAGCCAGACCUGUUGGUGUGAGGAUGGAACAAAACUCGUGCCAAAAUCAGGAAUAAACAUCGAUUCAGGGGGCAAAGAAAGGGCACUGGUUAUGAAGUCGGCCACGUCUUCAUGCUCUGUGGUAUACAGUUGUAAAACUGACGAUGAUUCAGAUUUCAACGAUUUCUAUGCAGAGGUGAAAGCGCCACCGGUAACAUUUGUUGAUAUCCCAGAGGAGGACCUUUUCAAGAGUGUUGUGGAAAAAGAACAGCUUGUCCUGUCAUGUGAAGUAUCAAGGGCUGAUGGUGUUGUCCAGUGGUACAAAGAUGGAACUGAAAUGCAACCAUGCAACAAUAUCACAAUGCAAGCAGAGGGCACCACAAGGAAUCUGACAGUACAUUCAGCCCAACUGUCCGACACAGGCACAUACACAUGCCGUGCAGGAGACAACGUUCUAAUGUAUAAGGUUAACAUACGAGAACCCCCGGUGGUGAUAAUCUACCCCAAGGAGGAUGUCCACCUUGACCGUCAUGUCCCUGAGGAAAUUAUUCUGAGCUGCGAAUUGUCUCGUCCAAAUGGUGUCGUCAGCUGGUACAAAGAUGGCCAAAAGCUGCAAGAGAGUGAGAACAUCAAGCUCAAGAUUGAAGGCCCUUAUCGACGACUGAAGAUUAUUUCUAGCGGAGUUGAAGAUUCUGGAGAAUAUGUCUGUGAUACAGCUGACGCUUCAAUAUUCUUUCACCUUAGUAUUACAGAACCUCCGGUGCGGAUUGUGUCCCCAAGUCAGUCCCAAAUGGAACUGUGCCAGCAGACCUCUGAGAGGAUGGUACUGAGCUGCGAGAUUUCACGGCCCAAUGCAGUGGUGCGCUGGUAUCGAGACGGACUCGAAGUGGAGGAGAAUGACAACCUUAUCUUAGAGGUGGAUGGUGUCUACAGAAGACUUAUUAUACCAGAAACUACCGUCAAAGAUUCAGCUGAAUAUGUCUGUGAUACUGCAGAUGAGUCUGUGACAUUCUUUGUAAACAUAGCAGAGCCUCCUGUUCGCUUCAUACGUGCAAGGAAGAUGGCAGGAAGAGUGGACAAAGUGUUUGGGGAGACUCUGGUUCUAGACUGUGAGGUUUCAAGAUCAAAUGCCGAGGUCACCUGGAAGAAGAAUGGGGAAGAAGUAGAAGACUCCAAAAAUAUCACCAUCCUUGAGGAUGGUGUCAUGCGUCAAUUAACCGUUCACUCACUAACAAUGGAGGAUGCUGGGCAAUAUGUCUGCGAUGCAAAGGAUGAUGUGAUGGAUUUCAAUGUAAACGUGCAAGAGUUGCCUGUAAAAAUUCUUGGAAAAACCAAUGCAAAGACAGAAAAGCAGUUCUUAGUAUCAGAUGACAUCAUUCUUGUGUGUGAACUAUCAAGAUCCAAUGCCUCAGUCAGCUGGUACAAAGAUAAUCAGCUAAUUGAUGACACUGAGCGAUACUGUAGCGAGGAGCAAGGCGUUUUCCGAUCACUGGUUGUCUUAAAUGCUGGGCUCGAAGAUACGGCAGAGUACACCUGUGAUGCAGUGGAUGAUAAGAUGGUCUUCUAUAUCACUGUCAAAGAGCCUCAAGUACAAAUCAUUGGAAACUCAGGCCACCCAGAGCAUCAUAUCCUGGUAGAAGGAGAUGACCUUAUUUUGGAGUGUGAGGUGUCUCGGUCAAACGCCACCGUUCAGUGGUUAUGCAAUGGCGUGAUACUGAAACCAGACACUCGCAUUAAAAUUGACAGCUAUGACGUUGUGAGGAAGCUUGUCAUCUCUGGACUCCAGCCCUCCGACUCUGGAAAAUACAUUUGUGAUGCCAUCGAUGACAAACUGACAACAAUUGUUGAAGUCCAAGAGCUGCCAGUCAAGUUUGAGAAUAAAAAAGCAAAAAAUAACGUCUCAGCCUAUGAAAAUGAGAGUGUUACGCUGUGUGCCAUUGUGAGCCGAGAAAGAGCUAAUGUUCGGUGGCUGAAAGAUGGCCAACUAUUGAAUGGGGACAACAUUCACAUCUCCAGUGAGGGUAAUACCCACAAGCUCACCAUUAAUCCCCUGCAGCUGUCAGAUUCUGGGGAAUAUGUCUGUGACGUAAACACAGAUGAGAUGUAUUUCAAUCUUUUAGUCAAAGAAAUGAAGGUGAAAUUUAUCCGACCACUGGAGAACGCUGUGUCUCUGAAGGGGAGUAGCCUUAUAUUACGAUGUGAGAUAAACAAGGCCAAAGGAGAUGUCCAGUGGCUAAAAGAUGGCCAAGAGAUCUCUCCAAGCCGUGGGCGCACAAUAAGGGCACAAGGCCGCGAACGAAGCUUUACCAUCCACCAACUAGUGGAAGAAGAUGCUGGAGAAUAUGCCUGUGAAUCCACAGAUGAUAGGACCUCAGCUACUGUCACUGUAGAAACUCCCCGUGUUGUUGAGUUCAUAGCGGAGCUUCGUAACAUCACGGUCUGUGAAGGAGAAGAUGCAGUAUUUAAGUGUGUGGUCUCACCAGAGGACAUUCGGUUGGUGUGGAGCUUAAAUGGCAAGCAAGUAGCUCUAAAUGAGCGCACUGUCACUUCAAGUAACGGACUAUGCCACAUGCUCUGCAUCCACAACUGCAUGGUUUCAGAUAGCGGCAGAGUAACAGCUGACGCAGAGGGGUUGGUAUCAGAGGCUGAACUCCACAUUCAAGAGCAACAGGUGUUGUUUACCAAGAAGAUGACACCAGUUGUAGCUGAAGAGUACAGCGAGGCAACUCUAGAGGUGGAGGUGAGUCUGGAUUCGGGAGAGGUGCAGUGGAUGAGGCAAGGGGUGCUGAUCCACCCUGGAGCCAAGAAUUCCCUGAAACACAAGGGCCGAAAACACAGUCUCACCAUCUACAAUCUGGCCAUGUCUGACCGGGGCACCUACAGCUGUGAAACCCUCCACGACCGCACGCAAGCCCAGCUCACAGUGGAACCUCGAAAAAUCACAAUCAAGAAAGGGCUGACUGACAUUAAAACCACAGAGAGAGAAACGGCAUCUUUUGAGGUGGAGCUCUCCCAUCCCGAUGUCCAAGGCACCUGGAUGAGAAACGCAAUCCAGCUUAAGCCGACAAAUCACUUCCGUAUGAGUGCCAAAGGACAAGUCCACAGCCUCACCAUCUCCAACCUAUCAGUAGAAGACACUGGCACCUUUAUGUUCUGUGUAGAGAAUCUGAAGACGACUGCAAGGCUUGUUGUGAAGGAGCCUCCAGUGACCAUUUUCAGAAAACUGGAAGACCAGAAAUUCCCUGACGGUGCAGUAAUCUCUAUUGAGUGUGAGCUGUCAAGACACAACGUUGAUGUGAAAUGGAUGAAGAAUGGGGUUGAGCUGAAGCCAAGCAAGGACUUGCGCAUUUAUGCAAUGGGAAGGAAACGGUUUCUUCAGAUCAUGAAAUGUCAUGUCAGUGAUUCUGGCAUGUACACCUGUGAUGUUGGAGAUGCUACUACAUCCUGCACUGUGGAGGUCUAUGAGCGUGAGCUGCUGAUCCUGCAGCGCCUGGAGGACGUGGACAUCCAGGAAGAUCAGAACGCGGUGUUUGUUUGUGAGGUCUCAGUGGAGGAUGUGCCAGGAGAAUGGUACAAAAAUGGGGAGAGGAUACAACCCACCAGCACCAUCAAGAUACGGCAGGAAGGGACCAAACACUUUCUUCUUAUGUGCAAUGUGAAAGCAGAGGACUCUGGAGAGAUCAAGUUUGUCACCAGACAUGUUGAAUCUGUCGCGUCCCUGGAGGUGGAAGAGAUUCCUGUCAACAUUGUGAAGCCUCUGCAGGAUAAGACCGCCCUGGAAGAGAGCCGCGUGCUCCUCGACUGCACCGUGUCCAACCCCAGAUGUAGUAUCCGCUGGUACAAAGGCAGCAAUGUUGUGCUGCCCUCGGAACGCUUUGAGAUCUGCAGUGAAGGCUGUUAUCGUAAACUGAUCAUCCAGCAGGUGGUGCUGGAUGAUGAGGGCACGUACAGCGUGCAGGUUGGAGAGUAUACAUGCUCUGCAAAACUGACAGUGGAGGCCAAGUCAGUGUUAAUGGUGAGUGAGCUGAAGGAUGUGGAAGUCACGGCCCCUGGCGAAGCCUGCUUUGAGUGUGAGGUCUCGGUCCCUGUCCUCAAAGCUCCUGUGUGGAGUCUGAAUGGGGAGCCGCUUCAGCCCAGUUCUCGGGUACGCCUGGAGAAGAUGGGAACGGUCCACAGGCUGACCCUCAGACAAACCUCCCCGGACAUGAGCGGAGUGGUGGAGUUCACCUCUGGGAAAGCAAACAGCAGAGCCCAGCUUCGGGUACUGAGUGAUCCGUGAGUGACAUCUUCUAUCUGUCAUCACCUAGUUGACACGGACUGAUUUAAUAUAUUGAUGCUUUUUAAGUUGUAACAUUGACAUUGCUUAUAUAUUUACAAACAGUAUGUCUAUAAAAAGUGGUUUAAACAGGGUUGUGAUGAAUUUUCAUGCAGUUCAGUUAAUUCAGGGAGUGGAUUUUCUUAUAGUAACUUGCCUUUAAGAAUUGUCUUUAUGAAAUUUCUAUUUAUGUAAAAUGAGUCAUAGUCAGCGUGUGAAUACAUAUAAACAGUUCCAUUAUCACAAUCCAAACUGCAGUUUGGAUGUUAACAAUGUCCUGUGUGUAAGUGGUCUGACUGUAACCAUGUUCAGGUUUAAGCUGAAUGUGUAUUUGUGCCAAUAAAUAUCUGAUUUAAAGUAUACAGAAUGAUACAGGGAUGGAAGGUCUAUGUCAAGAGUUCCACACAGUUUGAAUGCAAUCCACCGACAUUACAUGUAAAGAGACAUUUCACUUUAUAGGGUCAUUUCUUGAAGCCAAAUGCUAAUGUAGAACAAAAACUAAAUCUCCGAAAUGUUUUAUCAUCUUAUCUGAUUUUCUUCAGGCUGCAUACACACACACUUAAUGUGUAUGUGGUCGUGGCUUUUUAAGAUAUUUGCCAGUUCAAAAAAUUACUUUUUUGUUCCAGAUGCCAUUUUGGUGCUUUCCAAAACUCGAGUUGUCUGCUUUGACACAUAUUUUCAACCACAGCUGACUUACGGACUACAUGUGCAGUUGUGCCACUUAUUAUGCAAUAUAAUCUGAUUUGCACUCUGUAAUUUUCCCAUAUAUCAAAGCAUGGUUUUGUGUGGCUGUUGUGUGACAGUGAUUUUUGUCUUAGUAUUAUCACAUAGAAAACACAGUUUUAAGUUUCCAGUUGACUACAGCCAUGUAUCGAGAUCAAAUUUAGAUUUUAAAAUGGAUCAUCCAAACAAACGUAUCUUUUCAUCAUUUGUCCAUUGUAUAGAAUUUUUUUCUUUUAUGUUUCGAUGAGAAGUUUGAAUAAAGACAGUUCUGUCUUGCAGCAAAGGGCUUGUAAUGUAAAUACAUUGGGCCAAAAAUCAGGUAAUUUAGGAAAGAAAUAGAUUAUAGGAAAUUACUUGAUCACCUUGAUUGAUAAUCAGGGCAUGCUAGUUUUAAUGUUGCGUGUGUAUUAUGUUUGAACUUAACGGAGAAUGAUAGUUGUUUUCAUAUGAAAUCUGUUCCAUAUUCCAUUUUUCCAUUUGACUUGUUUCCACCUCUGCCAUGCCAUGUUGUGUUGAGCGUUACUUAUGUGAAAAAAAAGUACUGUUGUGAAAUAUGACCCGUUUCAAUAAAACAUGCUUUAUUGAUGCCAGGUAAAAAUA